AUGCAAGUGGGCGAUUUAUCUUUCCAUCAGGACCAAAUGGCAAGCCAACGGCUGCGCUCAAUGUUUAUGGUAAAAAGACUACAUCUUGCUUGUGUGCCAGUAAUUCCGCUGGAUGAUCACGGGAAGCCGGUGGUGCCGUACGAUGCAUCCGGCCAGCCGCUCAUCCAUCUUGCCAGCGAUGGUAUGACACCACUAACAGAGGAAGAAUAUCAGUACUCUGUGCAGUGGAACGAUUAUUACAAUCGCCUAUACAGCGCUGCUGCUAGUCAGAUACGCCCGGAGGAUAUCGAUUUGCCGCCGAAUGUCGAAUCGCCUCCACCACAGCCGCCAGCACCGCCAGAACCAGCUCCUCCGCCACCAGCUGAGACGGAAAAACCAAAGGCGGAAUCGGAUCCUGCUCUAAAGGCAAAAACGAAAAAAAUGAUUGAAAUGCAGCUCAGAUUUUCGCGCAAAAAUCUGCGUGCUCCGAAUCAGCCCAUGGCUACUACUGAAACUAAGACACAAUCCGAUGAAACCACUGUAUCAGUGGAGAACACACCAUUGUCUUCGCAGUCCAGUGAUUUCUCGGAAAAUAUGGAUAAAGCAGAGUCGUCGAAUGAACCAGCAGAGCCACCUGUUUGCAGUGAACCCAUCAAGGGUGUAUCCUCAGAUGAUGCCACAAAAACACUGUUGCCAGAAACGAAGACAGUAGACGUGGAAUCGGAAAAGAAAUCCCAUGCUUUGGAGGCACAGGAACAAAAAGGAAAUACCGCUCAAACAGAAAAUCAAGAAACAGAAGAUACUGCCGCGAAACCGAGCGCUGAUUCGCCUCAAAAUAGAGGUGAAGAAGAAGAGGAAAAAGUCGCGAAAAUAGAGCAAGUGCAAAUGCGUGGCGUGGAGGAUCCGAAAAAUCUUUCCGAAAAAUCAUCGGAAAUUGAUUUAACAGAGAUGAUAAAGAAGUCGAAGACAACAGCUGGUGAUGCUGGCGCGCCAAAAAUGCGGGAUGAAGAGCUGGAGCAUGAUCGUUCUCAGAUGCGCGAAAAGCGUGCCGGCAUAUCGCGCGAUCGCAGCGAGAGACGGUCACGGGACCGAAAAAGAAGUGGAAGUAGACUCCGUCGCUCACCGAGCCGUUCACCCUUCCGUGGCAGCUAUCGCAGAAGCCGUUCUCGAGAACUGAGGCGCAGAAGUCGCAGUCGGAGCCGCACCCCUCCGUCCGGUUUCUUUGGCAGAUAUCGCUCACGAAGUCGCGAUCGAAGAUACCAAAGCUCGUACUACGACCGUCGCUCUUACCGCCGUUUUCGGGCAGCCGAUGCUGAGGACAGAUAUUCCUAUCGAAGGCGUCGUUCCACGUCAAGGACCAGAUUAUCAAGACAUGAAAGGUUAGCAGAAAGUUUUGUGAAUUUUCAGAAGAAACUGUUUGCGCUUGGAUUUUUAUGGUACGGAGCCCUUUAA